AUGUCGAACGUGGUAUUCCGCAAUCGUUGGGCGACAUCCCCGAUCUUUCCAAGUGGGACCCAUUACAUUCUCAUCUGGCAGCGGCCUGCCUCCUUUCCACUCUACGGUACUCUCCCGUAUCUUUCUUGCUAUAUUGCUACUUUACCUUAG